AUGUCAGAAGUCACUGAGGCUCGGCCCAGAGAGAUCAGCCCUGCUCUCGAUUUCUUGGCCGGGACAGUUGCGGGCAUGGCUGCGGUAGUGGUCGGAUACCCAUUUGACACCGUGAAGGUGCGGUUCCAGAACCCGCAGAUAGCAUCCAAAUAUCGCUCGACCGCCCACGCCGUAUUCACGAUUGUGCGCGAAGAACGAAUACGAGGUCUCUACCGUGGCAUGAUUGCACCGCUCGCUGGCGCACCGCCACUAAAUGGACUUGUGUUCUCUACGUACCGGUCAUUACUGCAAGCACAGCUUGGAGAUGAGCCCACUACCCCUACACUCACCCAGAUUAACCUAGCAGGCGCCGGAAGCGGCGUUCUAUCCUCCCUAAUCACCACUCCCGCAGAGCUCAUCAAGAUACACCAGCAAUCGCUCGUACGCACCGCCCAUUCCCCGGCUGCCCUGCGCGACCGCGAUGUCGUUCUGCACAUCUGGCGGCACCACGGCCUUCGGGGCUUCUACCGCGGCAUCGGCGCGACCGCCCUCCGCGACGUCGGAUAUGGCGCCUACUUCGCAGCAUACGAGGCCACCCUGCGCUACUGGCCGCGCCCGUACUCUGCCUCCGCAGACGCGGGAGGCUCGAAGCUCGAGAACCACUCGCUCGCCGCGCUACUCACCGCGGGCGGGACAGCGGGCGUCGCGGGCUGGAUCGUCACCUUCCCAUUCGACGUCGUCAAGACGCGCAUGCAGACCACUGCGGCGGGCGCGCCGAACAACCCGUACCGCACGAUGUGGUCGACGAUAGUCGCCUCGUACCGCGCGGAGGGUCUGGGCGUGUUCUUCCGCGGGCUCGCGCCGACACUCAUACGAGCUAUACCUGUUAAUAUGGUGACGUUUACGACCUACGAGGCCGUCGUUCACCUGUGCACGUAGCGCCAUUUGUACCGUACGUCUUUAUGUUGUCAUAAUAACGCCCAGCUCGAACUUCGCCUUCGUGCAUUUGAGCUGCAACCACGUAAUCAUACAAAACUGGGACAGGACGAUU